UAUUUAUACAAAACUUUUUAUCACUUCGUACAUUUCGUGUUCGAUUCGGUAAUUUUUAUUCAAAUCAUUUUAUACAAACUGAGGGUGUCCCUCAGGGUAGUGUCCGUAGUGUAACACUUUUUAUAGUUCAUCUCAGUAAAGUUUUAUCUGUUUUACCUUCAUCUGUUCAUGGAACACUUUAUGUUGAUGAUUUGCAGAUCUCAUGCCAAGGUAGCAACAUGAAUUUAAUUGAGAGACAAUUGCAAAAUGCAGUUGAUAGAGUGGUAAAUUGGUGUAAUAACAAUGGCCACACUAUCUCUCCCGAGAAGAGUCGAUGUAUUCAUUUUUGUAGGAAGAGAAAUAUCCAUUCAGAUCCUGUUAUCUUAAUACGAAACAUGGCAAUUCCAGUUGCGACUGAAAUACGCUUUUUGGGUGUAGUUUUCGAUCGUAAACUCACUUUCCUUCCUCAUAUCUUACAACUGAGGAAGAGGUGUGAGAAAAACUUGAAUAUCUUGAAAGUACUUUCUAAAACAUCUUGGGGUGCCGAUCGAACCUCCCUUCUCCGUGUCUACCAAGCCAUCAUUCUUUCGCGCAUAGACUAUGGGUGUAUGGUAUAUGGUUCUGCACGCCCUUCUGUUUUGCGGCGACUUGAUACCGUACACCAUUCUGCUCUCAGGAUCUGCUCGGGAGCUUUUCGCACUUCUCCAGUUGAGAGCUUAUAUGUUAUUUGCCACCAAUUGCCACUUUAUUUGCGAUGUAAAAAAUUGUCUACGUUAUAUUAUUUUCGUGCAAAGUCCGUCUCAAAUCAUCCCAUAUGCAGCACGGUAAUACCUGUUAGUCUAAGAAGAAUUUAUAAUUCCCGACCCUCAAAUAUUCUUCCAUUUUUAGAGAGAGUUAAAACUUCCCUGAAUGACUCGAAUCUUUAUAAUGUUACCAUUAAAUCUCUUGAUUUGUAUUCCUUUCCCCCUUGGGAUAUUCCCCCUUUUUCUUUUCUGAACCCAUUCUUGGGAUUUGAUAAAAUUUCGACUAGUCCUAUUAUUUUCCAACAGAUUUUUCAUGAGCACCGCUGUCAGUAUUCUUCUUUUAUCCCAGUAUAUACAGAUGGCUCAAAAUCAAAUGAACAUGUUGGUUGCGCCAUUGUGACUCCAUCUGAUAUACUCAGCUAUCGUCUAAACAAUUGUUGUUCUGUUUUUACUGCUGAGUUGAUGGCAAUUUUUUGCGCUCUUCAGGAAAUUCCGCCUUCAGCUCAGCGUAAUUUUAUCAUAUACACCGAUAGUAUGAGUGCUUUGGAGGCACUUGCUCAUUUUCAUAACCAGAUGUAUCCAGUGGCUAUCCAAAUUUUAUCUAUCUGGCAGCUAUUACAAAACAGGGGCUUUAAUAUUCUUUUCUGCUGGGUUCCGGGUCAUGCAGGUAUUUCGGGCAAUGAAAGGGCAGAUUUUGCAGCCAAAUCUGCAUCAAUGUUUCUGUCUCAGGCCCUCCCAUAUUGUGAUGCUAAAAGGUCAUUUGUAUGCCGACUUUUUGCUACUUGGCAAGAAUCUUGGGAUCUGCGGAUCCACAACAAAUUGCAUUCAAUAAACCCAAGGACUGAUUUGUGGCCUGUUCACCCUAUACGAGAGGUUGAUGUCAAAUUGACACGCCUCCGUAUAGGACAUACACGCUAUACGCAUAAACAUCUCAUUUUUGGCGAGGCGGCACCUAAAUGUCCCACAUGUCGUGUAGAUUUCACCAUUAAUCAUAUUUUAAUCGAAUGCCCAUCUUUUAAUUCCUCUCGUUUAAACUUUUUUAAGUCAUCGUCAUUGGCUUUGCAGGACCUGGUGGGUGAGAAAUUCCACCCAAACAUUUUUAAAUUUUUAAAAUCCAUUGGCUUUUACACCUGUAUUUAAUACUUUUAACUUUUGUUCACGCUUGACUUCCUCAACGCUUCAUUAUAAUGCGU